GACAUCGCAGGAGCAGAACAUGUGAAGAGGAGGAUGCACUGAGCCACAGGGAUGAAGAGGCACAGGGCGAGAUCUGAGCUUUUAUCUGUUUGUAGAUUCUGUCGUGUCAGACGCAGCUUUAACCGCCACAUCGACCUGAGACGGCGGCGACGCAGAUAGUUCACCUUGAGACGCAGCUGCACCACUUGGACUUUGGGAUUACAACAAAGAAGAGAAGACAUUUGUAACAGGACGUGAGAGGGUGGACGCCGUUCAUGGGACAGGGCCGGACACAGGACUAACGUGUGGACGCCGUUCAUGGGACAGGGCCGGACACAGGACUAACGUGUGGACGCCGUUCAUGGGACAGGGCCGGACACAGGACUAACGUGUGGACGCCGUUCAUGGGACAGGCUCAGACACAGGACUAACGCGUGGACGCCGUUCAUGGGACAGGGCCGGACACAGGACUAACGUGUGGACGGCGUUCAUGGGACAGGGCCGGACACAGGGCUGGACGGCGUAACGUGUGACCCCCUGACCACAGAUUUCAGGCUGUGGUGAAUCCGACUCAAGCUGGAACCGAGCAAAGCAAACCCGGGUACGAGACAGGUGCCCGGGGUCAGUCCCGGCAGCAGCGGUCGUAGCGGCGGCGGCGGCGUCUGCCCCAAACUGUCCCCCACCGAGGAGACGCCCGCCCCCCCCGUCCCCCCCGUCCCCCCCAUCCCGGACCAGAAGGAUCCCAGGACCAUGUCUCAGGCCGGGAGGAGGUUCCACAACAAAAAGGCCGGGAUCCGAGCGGCGGUGAUCCUGAUCGGACUCCUGCACAAGUCGAGGAAAGCCAAAGAGAAGGAGCGAGAGCGAGAGGAGAGCGAAGGGAAACAGGAGCUGCUGAACAUCUCCACUGUCCCACUGGGAGAAUGUCCCCCGUCUCCGCCCCGCACAGCUCCACCCAGUAUGAAGUCUGCAGAGUUCUUCGACAUGUUGGAGAGGAUGCAGGACGACUACAUCCCGUAUCCAAGGAUCGAAGACGUUCUGGAGAAGGGCGGCCCGUAUCCUCAGGUCAUCCUCCCACAGUUUGGGGGUUACUGGAUCGAGGACGCGGAGGCUCCGGCCGGGACGCCGUCCUCCUCAGAGUCCAGUUUCUGUGACGAUGAGGACAGCAGAGACGGCAUGAGUCCAGGAGGGGGCAGCACCUACAGACUGGAGUGUAACAGCACGGCCCGAGCGUAUCGCAAACACUUCCUGGGAAAGGAGCACAUGAACUUCUACUGCACGGGCAGCAGCAUCGGGAACCUCAUCAUGUCCCUGAAGCACGAGGACGCCGACGGACACGAGUUUCUACGCAUCAUUCUCAGAUCGAGGACCAAAACGAUUCACGACAGAAUCUCAUUAGCAGGAAUCAACCAGCUGCCCAGUGUCCCUCAGGUCGCAAAGCUGUUUUGUGACGACGCGACGGGGCUGAAGUUCAACCCCGUCUUGUAUCCAAAGGGCUCUCAGUUGAUCGUGGCCUACGACGAGCACGAGGUCAACAACACCUUCAAAUUCGGGGUCAUUUAUCAGAAGUUUGGGCAGACCUCAGAAGAAGAGCUGUUUGGAAACAACGAAGAAACCCCAGCGUUUAAGGAGUUUCUGAGCGUCCUCGGAGAAAACAUCGAACUGCAGGAUUUUAAAGGGUUUCGUGGGGGUCUGGACGUGUCUCAUGGUCAAACUGGAUCAGAGUCGAUCUACACCGUGUUCAGACAGAGAGAGAUCAUGUUUCACGUCUCCACCAAACUGCCCUUCACCGAGGGAGACGUGCAGCAGCUGCAGAGAAAGCGACACAUCGGGAACGACAUCGUGGCUGCAGUUUUCCAAGAGGAGCCUACGCCUUUUGUACCGGACAUGAUCGCCUCCAACUUCCUCCACUCCUACGUGCUGGUGCAGGCCGAGAACCCCUGCACCGAGGACACCACCUACAAGGUGUCUGUCACGGCGAGAGAAGACGUGCCGCCGUUUGGACCGCCGCUCCCGAACCCCGCUGUUUUCAAGAAGGGUCCAGAGUUCAGAGAGUUUUUACUGACCAAGCUGAUCAAUGCUGAAAACGCCUGCUACAAAUCUGACAAAUUUGCAAAACUGGAGGGUCGGACGCGGGCGGCGCUCCUCGAUAACCUCCACGAUGAGCUGCACCGUCAGAGUCAGACCAUCCUGGGCCUGGGACAAGGAGGAGACGACGACAAACUGGAGAACGGGGGCCACGGCGGGCUGCUCGAGUCGUUUAAGAGGGCGAUGCGGGUCAGGAGCCACUCCAUGGAGACGAUGGUGGGGUCUCACCGCCACAGGAGCCCGGGCGUCGGGGGAGGGGUCCCGGCCAGUUUGAGCGGAGGAGGACUGCCCCAGAGCACCAGCGAAUGCACGAAGAGCACGUUUACUCCUCCUGGUUUAUCGGCCAAGUCUCCUCUGAAAAGUCCAGUGAAGCGACGCUCUGGCCUCUUCCCACGUCUGCACUCGAGCACAGAGAUACCCUCCUCCGACAAGAGCACGCGCAGUGAGCACAAGCCUCUGGAGAUCUGCCCCCUGUCCCAGGACAUGAGGUCAGACACACCCUCCAACCCCAGCUCCCCCGAGAUCUGCCCCAACAAAGAAAGGCCGCUCUUCAAACUGAAGGACUGCAGCGGUGGACGACCAAACAUCUCCAGAUCCUCGUCCAGCACCAGCAGCUUCAGCAGCACCACAGGAGAAACAGAAGCUCUGGACGAGCUCGAGUCUGCCCACCCCCCGUCUGUCUCCUCCUCCUCCGCCUUUAGCCCCGCCCCCAGCGUCGACAGCCAGGGGUCAGGAACACCGGUCAUCAUGUGCCGCAGCCCCACAGCAGACGGGAAGAGUAAGACGUCGCCGAGGUCAAACUUGAAGUUCCGCUUUGACAAAAUGAGCCACUCUUCAACAGCUUCCGAGUAGCUUUGUGGCCCAGACUUAACAGACUUGCACAACAAAGAGACUGACUGCAAAGGCUCAUGGGAGAAAACGUCCAUCCACCAUUACGGCUUCUCUGUCGACCACUUCCUUAAGCCAAGGAUUGUACAAAAACAUGAAGAAGUCUGGAGUCCUUCUGUUGACGAAUACUGUGAGUGUAGAGACGCACUUGAAUCGUUGGCUCUUUGCUGCUUCGUUUUUGUGGCAAAAAUCAGUGAAUAUUUUACUACCAGUUGCUGCAUAUUUGUUAUUCUUUGCAUCAUAUGGACGUCUUGGCGUAGCUGUUGUACUGUGAGUGUCGCUGGCGUCGUUUCAUGCCAGUUUUUAAUAGAAGCACAGAGAGAAAAUAAAUAUUGCUUUUUCAAACUUCGACAUUUCCCAUUUGCCUUGAGUGGUGCGUCUGCUCCUAGUUCCUCCUCUGAAAAUCUAAACACAGAAAUGCCUCUAGACUAGAUCCAUAAAAUGCACCGUCUUAGUAGCACAGCACUGGAGUCCGUCCAUUUUAUAUUUAGCUUUUUUAAUGGUUUUUGUUUUGUUUUUCUUGUAUUUGUAAUGUAUAGCUGCUACAUUUUGAAGCUGAUUGAUUAGUCCACACUGAGUCCGUUGAGUCCAGGUUGGGUCGGUACGGCACAGUUUGGUACGACUUAAAUAUUUGCGUUUCCUUUGUGCUUAAAUCCAUAAAGCUCUUAUACCUCACAGUUAUAAAAGCUGUAUCAUUAGUUACUGUAAUAUUUUUCCUUUUACUUACGUCUUGUGACCGAGCGGAGUGUAUUUAUCCAGAUCUAUCAGCGGUACAGAAUCGUGGAGACUUUCAUGGGUUUCAGUUUCCCGUUAGGCGCCAUUUUGAGGACUUUUGACCAAAUAUAUCGAGACUUUUGGUUUGAACUGUGUCGUGCGUGGUCCAUAUACGCUCAGACAGAUAUUUCCAAAAUCCUGUCAUACGCAAAGAUUAACAGCGGAACUAGUUUAGCUAACGACGACACACCUUCAGUUGUAAAGUCUCAUGAGCAGAGCGGUAGAGCCGGUGAAGUGUCAAGAUCUGCAGCAGCAGUAAACGAAUUGAACCACCAACUUAACUACUGCCAACGAAACAAUGCAAGAUUCAAGCACAAUUUCCUGAGUCGUUUUUUCCAGUAGAAACAGCGUCGUCAGCGUCGUACCUGCCCAACCUGCUCCGGACGCUCUGAACGCUCACGGGACACAAAGGGUCACUGCCAAACUACACUUUAAAAUCAGCCAAAGCGACGCCUUAAUCUGCUUUAGCAUUUUACUGUUCACGACCUGCUCUGUCCAUCAUGUCUGUGUAAAUCCCUCCGUCGUCCAGGUCUGAUCCAUCCUAAAAAAUGAAGUUAAAUGUGUCGACUGGACAAAAACUUGUAGGAGUGAAGACGUUUGGCUGGGCCCUGUUUCUGUUUAAGGAAGGAUUGUGUUUCCAAACAGAAAUAUCUUUAACUCUCCUCUCAAACCAUUUGUUUUCUCUAAAAUCUGCCCCUCACUCUGUUCAAAGGAGUGGUCAGUGUCUUUGAGAUGCAGAUGAACAGCAGACUGUGUCCUGAGCUGCUCUCUCUCAGUGCUGGUUCAUUCUUUUAUGGAGUGGUGUUUAGUUUCAGUGUCUUUAGCGCCUCCUACAGACAGAUAUAAGGCAGUGUCCAGCAGUAAUCUGACCAGAACUGAAGAAGAGACUUUGUCCAGUUGACAGAUUGACUUUUGUCUUCUGUCCGUCAUGUUUCACUGUGAAAGAUCCAUCUUUAGAAUCGUCUUUGCACUUUUUCGAUGUGUUCGUGGUACAUUUAGUGAAGGUUUUGACCUAAAAUACAUGAAUUUCAAUGGGCAUUUGAUCCAUUCUAGGCAUUUUAAGGUUCAUUUUGAGCUAGUAAAAAAGCUGAACCACAAUGACAAACACUUGAAUUUAGUUUUUCUUCUGACUGUACUAUCUGUACUAUCCUGAAUAUCCUAUAGAUACUAGUAUUGCUAACGUGCACACGACGAUAAACUGGUCACGAUGCACCAACUGUGAACUAGACAAAUGUAAUGAAGUAGAUUCGUAAACGCUGCUGGUUUUUUCUUCUGUUGUUGAUGAUUUUUGCUGAAUAUUUCAUCUGGUAAUGUUUUGUUUUUCAAGAGGUCAGUAGGUCGAGGAAAUCAAAGCUCGUUAUUGAACUGAAUUAACUUUUUGAAUACAGUUUUAUUAUUGUAUAAAAGGUUGGGUUCACGUAAAGCCGCGGCACAAACCCAAAGCUUAAAAUGGAGGUAGAUGUCAGAAGAAUUUGAAUUUAAACUUAAAUAAUGAAUACUGGAACUACAGGGACCAAACCUGACGAUGUAAACACAAAUAAAGCAUGAUUUUAGCUCCAAAAAGUCAAAUAUUAAGAUGACGUGAAGCCAUAAUAUCAGCACGAUACGUUUUUAGACCCAAUUCUUAACAAAAAUGACCAUGUUCACUCAGAAAUCUGCAUUUAUUCCUUUUACAAAGUGGUAAAUAGUUUGCUUUAACAUAAUUCUAAAAUCCUCAUCAUUUAAACUUGAACUGGAGAAUCGAUUGUGUCUAAAUUUGAACUGUCAAAUUACAAACUUGUUGAUCUGGUUUAAGUUCACACAAGUUUCAGAAAGUGGUGCCAAUAUUCAAACCCAAAGCUGUGAGUCAGUGAAAAGAACUUUAACCGUGAAGUUUAUCCGGAAAGUUUAUGGAGCCACGGCACAAAUAAUGAUAAUGUUCCAUCAUAAGUUUAAUUUGAACAAGUGUUAUUGUCCCGUAGAGUGAAACAUCAGCAAACUUAUUUAAAUGAAAGUCUAUUUAGAUUAAAGUCUAUUUAAAUUAAAGUCUAUUUAAAAUAAAGUCUAUUUAAAAUAAAGUUUAUUUAAAUUAAAGUUUAUUUAAAUUAAAGUCUAUUUAAAUUAAAGUCUAUUUAAAUUAAAGUCUAUUUAAAUUAAAGUCUAUUUAGAUUAAAUUCUAUUUAGAUGUUGAGCCCGACCUUUUGCCUGUUGUAAACCUGUAAUGACCUCUGUCCAGAUUUAAGAUUUAAUCAAAUACGACAAAAAUAUUCUCUACCCAAAGCUCAUGUGUCGUCUUUUUACUGAACUAAUUUAAAAUCUGUGAAUGAAUCUGUGAAAUGUGGUUCUGCCUUUAACUCAAUGGAUAUUUGGAUUAUUGUAAAAGUACGAAAUGUAAAAAAGGAAUCAGGGAACGUCAUGUUUCAUAUUGUUUUGUCUCUGUUCUUAUAGUUUCCUCUUGUUUUUCAUAUUGUUUUGUCUCUGUUUUUCAUCUUGUUUUUCAUCUUGUUUGUCUUUGUUCUUAUUGUUUUGUCACUUUUGUUCAUUAUUUUGUUGCAGGUUUUGCCAAAAAUGCCGUGGGCUUAUCUGUGUUUUUAAAAAUGCCUAAUUUAUUGACCUUUUCUUACACUGAUGUCCUUUACACGUGUAAAUGCAGAGUACGCUUGUUCUUAGAGUUUAAAGAAAGGAUAUAUAUAGUUUAAGAGCCGUCUCAUGUUUAUGUAUAUUUGGUUAUGUAUAUUUGGUUAUGUAAUGUGCCAUGGAGAGUUUAUUCUAAAAUAAAAUGUUGUAUUUUGUGUC